GAAGGAACUGGCAGUCGAGCAGCAGAAGGAACUGGCAGUCGAGCAGCAGAAGGAACUGGCAGUCGAGCAGCAGAAGGAACUGGCAGUCGAGCAGCAGAAGGACCUUGUGGUCGAACCUCAGCAAGUGAGGUAUCCAGCUCAAAUGGCCCAGCAGCAGAAGCAACCGACCGCUGUGCCCCAGCAAGUGUGGCAUCCAAAUCAAAUGCUGCAAAAGCAACCGACUGCCAUGCCCCAGCAAGUGUGGAAUCCAUUUCACACACUGCAGAAGCAACCGACCGCCGUGCCCCAGCAAGUGUGGCAUCCUGCUCAAAUGCCCCUGCAGCAGAAGCAACCGACCGCCGUGCCCCAGCUGGGGUGGCAUCCUGCUCAGUUUCCCCAGCAGAAGCAACUGGCCGCCAUGCCUCUACUGCAGAAGGAACCAACCACCAUAGCCCAGCAACCUCAGCAGGUGUGGCAUCCAGUUCAAAUGUCCAAGAAUCGAACAGCCACUGAACCUCAGCAGCAGAAGCAACCAUCCACCACGCCCCAGCAAGCUCGGCAUCCAGCUCAAUUUCCCCAGCAGAAGCAACUGGCCCCCAUAGCCCAGCAACCGCAGCAUGUAUGGCAUCCAGCUCAAAUGUCCAAGAAUCGAACAGCCACUGAACCUCAGCAGCAGAAGCAACCACCCACCAUGUCCGAGCAAUCGUGGCAUCCAGCUCAAAUGCCCCUGCAGCAGAAGCAACCGGCCACUGAACCUCAACAGAAGGAACAGACCGCCAUGCCCCAGCAAAUGUGGUAUCGAGCUAAAAUGCUCCAACAGGAGAAUCAUCUGGCCGCCAUUCUCCAGCAGCCUCCGCUCGUGUGGCAUCCAUCUCAAUUUCCCCAGCAGCAGAAGGAACUGGCAGUCGAGCAGCAGAAGGAACUGGCAGUCGAGCAGCAGAAGGAACUGGCAGUCGAGCAGCAGAAGGAACUGGCAGUCGAGCAGCAGAAGGAACUGGCAGUCGAGCAGCAGAAGGAACUGGCAGUCGAGCAGCAGAAGGAACUGGCAGUCGAGCAGCAGAAGGAACUGGCAGUCGAGCAGCAGAAGGAACUGGCAGUCGAGCAGCAGAAGGAACUGGCAGUCGAGCAGCAGAAGGAACUGGCAGUCGAGCAGCAGAAGGAACUGGCAGUCGAGCAGCAGAAGGAACUGGCAGUCGAGCAGCAGAAGGAACUGGCAGUCGAGCAGCAGAAGGACCUUGUGGUCGAACCUCAGCAAGUGAGGUAUCCAGCUCAAAUGGCCCAGCAGCAGAAGCAACCGACCGCUGUGCCCCAGCAAGUGUGGCAUCCAAAUCAAAUGCUGCAAAAGCAACCGACUGCCAUGCCCCAGCAAGUGUGGAAUCCAUUUCACACACUGCAGAAGCAACCGACCGCCGUGCCCCAGCAAGUGUGGCAUCCUGCUCAAAUGCCCCUGCAGCAGAAGCAACCGACCGCCGUGCCCCAGCUGGGGUGGCAUCCUGCUCAGUUUCCCCAGCAGAAGCAACUGGCCGCUAUGCCUCUACUGCAGAAGGAACCAACCACCAUAGCCCAGCAACCUCAGCAGGUGUGGCAUCCAGCUCAAAUGCCCCUGCAGCAGAAGCAACCACCCACCACGUCCGAGCAAGUGUGGCAUCCAGCUCAAAUGCCCCUGCAGCAGAAGCAACCGGCCACUGAACCUCAACAGAAGGAACUGACCGCCAUGCCCCAGCAAAUGUGGUAUCGAGCUAAAAUGCUCCAACAGGAGAAUCAUCUGGCCGCCAUUCUCCAGCAGCCUCCGCUCGUGUGGCAUCCAUCUCAAUUUCCCCAGCAGAAGGAACUCGCCGUCGAGCAGCAGAAGGAACUCGCCGUCGAACCUCAGCAAGUGAGGUAUCCAGCUCAAUUGGCCCAGCAGCAACCCAACCCCAUUCCUCAGCAAUUUUGGCAUGUAGCCCAAAUUUCCCAGCAGCAACUGGCCCCAAAUUCUCAGCAGAAGCACUACGAAAGCACUGAAGAUGGUGCCUCUGGUAGUUCUCAAGCCAGCAUUGUUGAACAGUCGGGUGUCAUCCCAAUCUCUUCCUACAGUUCCAAAUCGCACUACAAGAAUGGCAGAACUGGAGUCUCCCAAAUCGGCUACACUCCUAGAGAGGCCAUGCCUGUUGACAGUGGAAAUGCUCCCAAGGACGGUUAUGUUAGCAUUGGUGCACCAAGCAUAUAUCCAACACUAGUGAAGGAUUCUGCAAGGAAAAUAUAAUGGAUUCAUCCUCUAGAAGCUCUAAUGACCAGGAAGUUGCUGGUGCUCUUGCUACUCUAGUGGGAUGGAAUCAAUAAACAAUUUUACUU